CUCAGUGGCUCCCUUUGUAAUAUUCCACCAAAACCCCUCCUUUUUCUCAACCCUCUUUUCAUCUCUCUCUCUCUCUCUCUUCUUCACAACACCCAUUUAUUUUCACACCAAUCCUCAUCGAAACAAAAAAAACACAACACAAGCCAAAAAAACACAACAUAGGAGUAACAAAAAACAUUAACACAUAUUUUUCAUCAAAAAUGGAGAAGAUGAUGAUUCCUCUUUACAAGCUUGAAUCUCGUGGGAUAGUGUAGUUUCUUCCCAAGUUUUCAUCUUUCUUGUUCUUUUGUUCUUUCCAGUUCUCACUUUCUCUCUCUACUUUUUUCACUUUCUCUUUCUCACUCUACCGGAGGAUGGACUUCCGGUGCCGAACACUGACCAUAGUCAACUUAGAUCCGGAGAGAAAAAGAAGUGGUGGGUUGAGGACAAAACAAGCAGGGAGAGGAUCGUGCCGUGGUAGUUAGAGUUUAGGAGAUGUGAAAAAAAUGCAUCUUGUUUGGUUUUGAGACUUGCCCUUUUCUUCAUUCUUACUUUGAAUGCUGCUUUGGUUCUGUUGAUUGAAAAAAGUUGAGCUUUUGUGUGUGGAAAAAAUAAUGGGGUUUUUGUUGAAAGAAGGUUUGAAGAGUCUUUGUGGUAGGAAUCAGUGGGCUUAUGCUGUUUUCUGGAAGAUCGGUUGCAAUAAUUCCAAGCUGUUAAUCUGGGAAGAUUGCUACUAUGAACCAUUGCCAUCUCGUUUCCUUCCACAAAUCGCUGGAACGUCUAAUUCGCCUUACCAAGAUAGGGAAGGAUGCUGGUUUUCUUCUGAUUCUCAGCGAAGGGCUCAAGAGGAUGACAGAGUCUGUUCAUUGAUUAACAAGAUGAUGGUUAAUAAUUCUGUCAAUGUUGCUGGUCAAGGGAUACUUGGACGGGCGGCGUUCACCGGAAAUCAUCAGUGGAUUGUUUUGAACAAUUUCAUCAAAGAUGCAUAUCCACCAGAGGUAUUAACCGAGUUGCAUGGCCAAUUUUCAGCUGGAAUGCAGACAGUGGCGGUUAUUCCUGUGCUUCCUCAUGGUGUUGUUCAACUCGGUUCUUUCUUGCCGAUAAUGGAGAAUAUCGGAUUUGUGAAUGACGUGAAGAACUUGAUCUUUCAAUUGGGACAUGUUCCCGGCGCGCUUCUAUCCGAAGACUAUUCAACAAGACUUUCUAAUGAAAGGCAUACUGGACCUGUGACUAAUUCUAUGCCGUUUUCUUUCGAUCCACAAGUCACUACCUCAAACUGCACUCCCUCGGUAGCUAACGGUUCUAACCAACCGAGUAAUUCACCGCAUGGUCCAAUGCAUGUUGCUGCUCAAGCCCCUUUUCAAACGGGAGUAAUAAAUAGUUACCACAACGGUUCUGUAUUGACACCUCAAUCCCAAAACCUAAACCAGAUAUUUGAAAGCCUUUGCCAACCAAAGGCUCAACGAGAGAAUGCAAUUGUGAAGGCUGAAGCUGAAGUGAUAUCUACAAAUCUCGAUUCUUCAUGUCUGCAACAACGUUCCUUUUCAUAUAAUGCAAGGUCCACACUCCAUAUGGAACAACAAGUCUUAUCAGGUGUCGGGUCACAAAGUCAUGGUAACGCCAAUAUGAAUCCAUCAUCAAGUGCCUAUAUGCCUCGACAGCAAACAAAUGGAGGCCAAAUUUAUUAUCAGAAUUCUAACAACACUUCACUUCUUGGAGGAAUCCCAAUAUGUAGUAGUGGGAUGAGUAAUAAUAAUCUUAUAAGGAAAAAUAUGAUUAAUUGCUCGGUUUCUAAUCCUCCAAAGUUAUCCACUACUGAUUUUUCCGGAACACAAAAAGUAGGGUUUGGAAUUCAAAAUGUUAAUUCAACUACAGCUGCCAAUCAGACGCAUCUAAAAGGCUCGGAACAAAAAAAUCUUCCCAUUGAUUUAAAGUAUGCUCAAAAUGCUCCGGCUUCCAGUGAUGUAAGGAUUGAUGAUUUGAUUCAGGCUAUGAAAAUCCCGUCAUCUUUUAAUCUUAAGGAGCAUGUGCCAGUGAAUGAUCACAUCCCUGGUUUUCUUCAUGAUUUGGAACUUGAAGAAGCGUGUACGCAACUUUCAUCGGGUGAUGACGACUUGUUUGAUGUACUAGGCAUGGAUUUCAAAAGGAAUCUGCUGAAUGGAAACUGGAAUACGUUGUUUGCUGAUGAAUCAGAUGCCAAUGCAGAAAAUCUUGAUAAAAAAGCAAUAUCUACAAAUUUUCCGGUUGUAGGUGAUAAUAUUUAUCCAGUUAAUGAAGCGAUAUUAGACAAUGGCAUCUUCUCUGGAACAAACACUGGCCAUCUCUUAGAUGCCGUCGUCUCAAAAACUCAACCUGCUUCAAAUGAGAAUUCCGACGAAAUGUCUUGCAGGACUACCAUAACAAGGAUUAGUACCGCGUCUGUUCCUUCUCCUACCGGCAUUCAGAUUAUUCGCGAUCGUGUUGGCCAGGGGGCGCUGUUUGAUUUUCCCAAAGCAGAGAUUAAAACUAGUGCAGCGGAAACAAGUUCUCUUAGGUCUGGUUGCAGCAAAGAUAAUGUUGGAAACUGUUCUCAAACCACUUCCAUAUACGGUUCUCAACUUAGUUCAUGGGUGGAAAACGGUAGCAGCAGCCAUGUGAAACACGAGAAUAGUGUUUCAACCGGAUACUCUAAGAGACCAGAUGAAGUUAGCAAACCAAAUCGUAAAAGGCUUAAACCUGGAGAGAACCCUAGGCCUCGACCUAAAGAUCGCCAAAUGAUUCAAGAUCGGGUGAAAGAAUUACGUGAAAUCGUGCCUAAUGGAGCAAAAUGUAGCAUCGAUGCUCUUCUUGAAAGGACCAUCAAACAUAUGCUUUUCUUGCAAAGUGUAACAAAGCAUGCUGAUAAGCUGAAACAGACAGGAGAAUCCAAGAUUCUUAGUAAAGAAGGUGGAUUGUUAUUGAAAGAUAACUUCGAGGGAGGGGCUACAUGGGCGUAUGAGGUUGGUUCACAAUCAAUGGUUUGCCCUAUCAUAGUCGAGGAUCUUAAUCAUCCCCGUCAGAUGCUCGUCGAGAUGCUUUGCGAGGAACGAGGCCUCUUUCUUGAAAUAGCCGAUUUAAUCAAAGGAUUAGGAUUAACUAUCCUGAAGGGUGUCAUGGAAGCUCGCAACGGCAAGAUUUGGGCACGCUUUUCUGUCGAGGCAAACAGGGAUGUAACAAGGAUGGAAAUAUUCAUGUCACUAGUUCGACUUUUGGAACAAACAGCAAAAGGAGGCGCAUCUUCCUCAAACGCUGCAGGUGAUAACAACAUGAUGGUUUAUCAUUCGAUCCCGCAAUCCACCUAGUUUUUUUCCAUGGUCUGGAAUGUUGAGAGCACAUACUUGCCAUGAUUGACAUCAAAUCUAGCCUUAUAUUAGAUUUCAGUUUCGGUUGAUAUUAACUUUCCCUAACCGCACCGUAAGGAAUGUGUUUAGUUAGUAAAGUGCAUCUCAAAGAUUAGUAUGCAUUGGUAUAGAACAUAUGUAAGAAUGUUUCCUUUUAGUUAUAACUUGCAUUUUUUUUCUUUCAUGUAGUUUCAUUGGUGUGUUGGUGUUAUGAUUCAGAUGUAUAGAUGUUUUAGGACUUGACAGGAGGUUCAGGUGUUAACCACCAGUCUAUGCAGUUAUUCUUGUUUUUGAUAUAUCAUGCGUUAUAAAUACUAAUGUUAUUAA